AUAUAAUAAUAACAAAAUAAUAAAAAAAUUAAAAAUAAUAAUAACAAUAAAAUAAUAAAUGACCACAGUAUCCAUGUAAACACGAUCUGAAGCUAAUCAACUAGUCGUUAAGGAACUGCGUGUCAGUAUUCUCUCAAGUCAUUCGUUUCUGUACAAUCAUGAGAGACAUCAUUCAUACAUUUUUUUUUUUUAUAUUAUUGUUAUAAUUUUAUUAUAAAUUUAUGAAUUUAUUUAAUUCAUAAAUAAUUAAAAUUUAUAUCCCGUAAUUACUUUAAUAUGUUUUUCAAUAAUUGAAUAUUUAGCCAUGAAAAAUAUCAAAGAUAACGAAAAAAUAAUAAUUGAUAGUUAAUAAUAUAUAUAUCUUAUAUGCCAUUUACACGUAUUUAAAAAAAUUAAAUAAGUUUUUGUAUUCAUUUUUAAUUAAUAUAUUAAACGUUUAUAUUUUUUGAUUGCCACCGAGUUUCCAAUUUAGUGGAAUUAUAAAAAAAUAAUUGCAAUAAGUUUUAGUUUUAUUACGUCAUUGUAAUUACGUAUUAAUAAGAAGAUUAUUUAUAAAAAAAAUGUUUUUAUAGAAUUAAAUUUCUCGAUUUUCUUUUAAUUAUAUCGCCAAAAAAAUAUCAUACAUUGUAUAGUUUUUAUUUAAUAAAAUUACUAACUAUAAAAAAAAAUAUAACAAAAAGUUAAAGAACAAAAAUAUAAUAAAAACAUUAAAUGUUUGUUUUUUCAUACAUACAUAUAAAUUUAUAAACACCUAAAACAUAUCGAUCAUCAUCGACUAAUUAAAAAAAAUAUAUAAUCAACAAAUCAUUUAUAAUCAAUCAGAUGGGAAAAAAAAAUUAUAUUAGAAUAAAUAUAAUGUCACUUUGCACUAGGCAAUACUAAAAGGAUUUAUCAAAUUGUUAAACGUUUAAUUACUCAUAUUAAUCAACAUACAAAUGUAAAAGCAAAAAAAAAACGUUUACUGUUAAACAUAAAUUAUUCUAUAUCAAUCAGAUUUGAAUGGAAAAAAAAAAAAAUAAAAAUAAAACGCAGUGCCUUAAAUAAUAAUGUAGAUUAGUGAAGACAAAUUGGUUAAAAUAAAAAUUUAUUUAUAAUUCAUUUUAAUAAUGAAAUACUGUCUUUCACUCAUAUUAAAAAAAAGACGUAUCUAAAACAUAUACAUUUAAAAGUACAUACAUUUAUCAGUACAGUGUUAGAUCUAUACAUCAAUUAGUGUACAAUAAAUAAUAGUUUUUAUCAUUAAUGGUUAAUUAUUCCAUUUUUAAUGUUAGUAAUAAAUUAAAAAUAGUUUUUAUGUACAUUUUACAAAGUAACUUUUAUUUUAUAUCUUUUAUUAUAUUUUUUUGUAAUCAAAUGCAUUUAAAUUUAUUUUUAUGUCUUUGAAGUUUAAAAAAAAAAAUAAUAAACAAAAAUUAUGAUGUACAUCAAUGAUUUUUUAAUGAAAUUAAAAUAUUUAAUAUAAAUAUUUAAUCGAAAAUGAAUUUUCUAGCAUUUUAUUAUUAAUAUCAUCUAUAUACAUUUACUUAUUAUUAUCAAAUGUAAUGAAUAAUAAUUUAAAAAUAAUAUCAACUUAAAAUAACCAAUCGUAAUUCCUCAAAUGUAUUUGUAAGAAAUUAAGGUAUUAGUAUGUAUACAUAUGAUUAUUAUAUUAUAAUAUUAAUAUAAUAAAAUUCAAAUGAUGAUAUAUAUAAAUAUAUAAAUGUGUAUGUAAUGUCACGAUAAAAAAAUGUUAAACGAUAUAGUGAAUGGUACCAUUACACAUAUAUUAUUACCAUGGACAAUAAUAUGAUUAAUUAAUAUAUACAUAUAUAGUAUAUAUAAUAAAUAUAAAGAGUAAUAACAAAAAUUGGUAUCCUUUACUAUUGUCUGAGAUUGUUUUGUAAAAAAAAACGAUCUUAUGAUUGCUCUACAUAUCUAAAAAUUUUUUUUUUCGUUUCGUAUUUAAUAAAUAUCUCAUAUAGAGCAAAUUAAAUUUAUUGUUAUUUAGCAACCCUUAAUAUGAUAAUCCAGAAGUUAGCACACAAUUAACGAUUUUUCGUUUUUUUUCAACAAUUCGGUUUAAAAAAAAACUAAAAAUAUGCGCAUAUAGAAAAUUAAAAAAACUAUAGGUGCAAUUUUUGGAGAUAUUUUUUUUUUUAUCCCUGGUAGAUCCGAAUUACAGUAGCUUACGUCAAUUGACAGUAAUAUACGGCAAUUUUCGGCAUUUUUACAAUGCAGCACUUUACUACUUUGCGGUAAAUUACCGGGGCUCACUGCAAAUUUGCGGUAAAAAUGCCGUACUUUGUGACUAAAUGUCUUACUUUUGCCGGAAAAUACCGCACGUUUACCGUAAAUUGCGGUAUUCUACCGUAAAAUACCGGAAUUUUUCCGAAUACCGUAAAUUACGGCAAAUUACAGUAAUUGCCAUAAUUCGGAUCCGCCAGGGUUAUAAUUUAUCGUUCGUCAAAAAAUUAUUAGACUUCGGCUAAUUUCAGUAUCAUUUAAUAUGACGAAUUGUUAAAUUUAAAAAAAAAAAUAAAUUACUUAUUUAUUAAAAAAAAAAUAGUAGUAAUCAAAAUUAGUAAUUUACGAAUACAAGAUUUCAAGUAUUUUAAUUGAUAAAAGUAAAAAAAUUAUAAUUUCAACAAAAAAAUUAUACGAAAAAAAUUAUAAACAAUUUAAAGUAAAGAUAAUAAUUUAAAAUGGCGACGAGUUUUUAUAAUACAUGGGAUUUAAAUUUUGAAUCACCUGAAUAUAAUAUAAAACUUCCUAUUUUUUUCCCAGCUUGGGCUGAAACUGGCGGCUGUUUUGUAAAAUUAAAACUUUGGUGUUUAGCAAGUUAUAAUCAUCCCAAUUGUGAAAAAUAUUUACAUAGUAUUGCAUCUGUUAGUAAAGAAAGAAGAAGACAAUGCCAAUAUUCAAAUCCAUGGAUUAUUCAUCCUUUCAGUGUCAUUCGGUAUUUUUAAAUAAUAUAUAUAUUUGUGUCUUUACUUUAACUUUUAUUAUUUUAAUAAUUAUUUAAAGUUAUAAUAUUACGUUUAUUAUAAAUAUACGACAGGUUCUACUGGGAGACAUUGAUGACAUUUAUUUAUGCGCUCUCAUUUAUUAUAAUUCCAUUUAUGACAAGUUUCAUAGUAUUCGAUUUUGAAGUAAUUAGACUUGAUAGAAUUAGUUUUAUUUUUUAUUUAUUUUUUUGGAUUGACAUUUCAUUGAAUUUCAUUACUGGAGUUUAUUGCAGAGAUAAAAAAAUAAUAAUACUCGAUCAAAGAAAUAUUAUUCAAAAAUAUAUCCGUGGGUAUUUUUUUAUCGAUGUAAUAACGUCUUUGCCUUAUGAUCAUAUUACUUAUCACUGGAGACAACUUCCAGGGCCAAAAACUUCAUAUUUAACUGUUAUUUUAAAUAUUUUACCAAUAUUUAAAUUCAUAAGAUAUUUAACUUUCGACAAUUAUGUUUCGCAAUUGUUUGAAUAUUUUCAGAUAGCGGAUUUCAAUUGCCGUAUAAUUAAAAUUUUAUUGAUAUCAGCAUACUUAAUUUAUUGGUUCACAUGUUUAUGUUACCUCGUACCAGUACUUGUAAUGCAUUUUGAUCAAGUUUCCGUUUACGAUUGUGAGUGCUGGUUAAUUAAUAUUAUCAAUGAUGAUAUUCCCACACGUUUCAAAAGUUCAUUUUUUAUAAUCCUUCAAAAUUUUAUGACUACCGGAAUUCGUGCCAUUGAACCUGAAUUUACUAUUCAUACAAUUAUUUGUACUUUGUUAAUGAUUUUGGGAAGAUUUUUUUGGAUUUAUGUUAUUAUAAUGUUUCUUCAAAUUUAUAAUGAUAAAAAUACAUCACAAUCUGGUUAUCAAGAUACAAUGAGCCAAAUAUUAGCAUAUACAAGACAAAAACAGAUGCCACAUUAUAUGAGAAAACGUAUUGAGUCAUAUUAUUCCUAUCGAUUCAAAAAUAGUUAUUUUAGAGAAAAAAAAAUUUUAUCAAAUUUAUCUGAAAUUUUACGUGAAGAAAUAACAAUUUAUUCAUGCCGUCGCUUAAUAGAAAAUUCAAUUCUCUUUCGUAAUUUACCAAAAGACAUUAUCACUUCAAUAGUAUCAAAAUUAAAAUUUGAAAUUCACUUACCUAAUGAUUUAAUUUUUAAAGCUGGUAAUUAUGGUGAUUGUAUGUUUUUUUUAAGCUCUGGAACAGUUGCACUAUUCACUCCCACUGGAAAAGAGAUUUGUCAUUUAAGUGAAGCUUCUUAUUUUGGAGAAGUUGCAUUACUGGUACAAGAUCAACGAAGAAUAGCAAGUGUAAUUGCUAUUGAAGUUUGUGAAGUUUACAGACUUGAUCGUCGUGAUUUUCGUAGAUAUGUUGCAGUCCAUCCUGAAUUAUUUGAACAAAUUGAACGUGUUGCUAUGACAAGAAUGGAAAAAGCAAUACUUAUUGAAGAACAAAAUAAAAGAAAUCCUUUUAAACGUAACCAUCGUUCUAAUUAGUAUUUAUUUUUUACUUAAAUAACUAAAUAUUAAGAAGAAAUAAGUUAUUUUAAUACAUUUUAUAUAAUUAAUUAAAUAAAUAAAAAUAC